GAUUCAUUCACAGGAAGCCUAGUCUGCCGGAGAUGGGUUCUGUUUCAGCGGAGGGAAGUAAAGUAUUCCGGCAAGCCAAGUUAAGAAGAUAAGAAUAGUCGGUUGCUUUGAUGCCGUUGUUUUGAGUAAAGGCGGUUAAGAGAAUCCCCGCGCUUUUUGCGGCCCUUUAGUAACAGAACAGUUGCGAAUAAAUAGGAAUGUUUGGUCAGAGUUAGUUUUACGUUGUCUCUGUUUUGUUACUACUCUGCUCUCUCUGUUUUCAAUUCAAUUCAAUUGUGCCUGAAUUCUGUUUUCGCUGUCGCUGUAACCUUUUCCCGGCGUUGCCAAAAACGUUUCCCCUUUUCCUACUCUCUCUCUCUCUCUCUCUAAUCGUAUGAAAGAUUUCUUGCUUGGUUGACACACGACGCCGCCGAUGGAGCAGAAGGAAGGUCGGGUCCUAUAAUUGUUUUUUAGGUACAACGUUGGAUUACUGGGUUGCCUUUUCGGUAUGUUGUCUUCGCCUGCAGAAUUCCUCCCUCCUUUCAUCUACAGAUUUUCAUUGGGUUUUCUCAGUAACGGUUCUAUGGUUUCUUGCUCCUCCUCCUGUUCUUCCUAAAUUUGAGGUGGUGGCUAGGCUAGGACUUGAGGAUCAUCAAUUUCUUUUUUGUUGGUGCACGAAAGGGAAAGAUGGAGCAGAAUAACGAGGUUUGAUGAGGUUGUUGGUGUGCAAGAUUCAUUGUCCUUCCUUUAGCUUUUGCAACCCAUCCCAAAGUAUUUGUAGAGGUGAGCAAUUGAAGUUUAACAAGAAGAAGAAGAGUAUCAGCAAUCAAGUGCUUUGCUCAACAGAGCACAAACAAUUAGCAGAGGAGGAAGGGAAAGAGGUUAUUACAAGUAGUAGUAGUAGUAGUAGCAGCAGCAGCAGCAGUAGUGCUGUGGAUGAUGACGAUGAAGGGCUUCAGAGUUGUCUGAGGAGUGGUGAAGUUACGAAAGGGGAUGAUGCCGAGAGGAACAAGAAGAAGAAGAAGAAAGUGCAGUGGGUGGAUUUUGUAGGGAAGCCACUAUUUGAUAUCAGAGAAUUUGAACCCAGUGACAGUGAAACAGAUGAAAGUGAGAUCCAUGCUCAGAUGACCAAAAGGAGCUGCUCCUUAUGCUCAAUCCUUUGAGCCCUUGUCUCCUUGGACCUUUUGCCAACUGUGGGUUGCUUUGUAAACAAGCAAAUAGAUUCAUAUCAUGAGAUGUUCAUCAUAAUCAUGACUAGACGAAGCCACAAUUCACAGCACUCAUUUUCUGUCUUUAACAACAAACAACAUUUUAUAAAGGGCAGAAAAUUUAAUAUGAGAUGUUCAUCAUAAUCAUGAUUCAGUUUAAUAUUGAUUCAAGAAAUCCAUGGGAUAGUUUUAUCUUUCUCAUGAGCUCAAAUUGUUGUAAC